GACACCAUUUGUAAGCACCGGCGUGAGAUGCAAGGAGGGAGAAAAACCUUGUUAGCGUGUGUAAACAGAUGUUCCCCGCAACCAUCGGGGAUAAUUACGCACACACACACACACACACACACACACACCUGCACGCCAGAUAUCAGACACUUUCACAUGUCUGUUUCGAGCAGCUGUUUACACUCCGCCAAUGUUUCUGUCUGUGGAGGAUUUUGGAGGUUUGUCACAGUGUUUGAUUGAGGUGACAUCUUUUCACAUGUGUGCACAAUCUGUGCUUAAACGUCAUUCCCCCYCCCCCCCCCCCUCCCUUUCCUUUUCUGUCUCUGGCUCUGUGCAGAAGUCCCACUCUGGUGAAAAACAUGAUUUCAGGCCUGGGUUUCGGAUCCCUAAACGCCAGCUACCAGGCGGCUCUGGCAGAGAGCAGUUUGUCCCUGCUGAACAGCCCCCCUCUGGUGACCCCUCCGUCUGCAGCCAGCCUCAACAUGCUGCACGUGGGCCACGACGAUGUCAGCUCCACCGUGGAGCAGGUCAACAGCAACGGCAGCUGCAGCCCCACGCUCAGCCCUCAGCAGUACAGCCACCAGGUGCACGUGAAGGAGGAGCCGACUGAGGUGGAAGAGGACAGCCGACCAGUAUCCCUCCUGGCCGGCGUCACACACAGCCUGCCACUGCCAAGCGACGAACGUGAUCUGGAGGAAGAUCUUCCCACCGAGGAGCUGGAGUAGGACGCGCCUGACCAAGGGAUCAACGGGCCGGGACCUCUCUCAGAAUAGUCCUACGGCCCUCUCAUCAGCAUGAAGAGGAGAAACAGCAUCCGUACACUUAAGAGAAAAGAGAGGGAGUGGGAAAAAAAGAGAAUGUUUUUAUUUUUUAAGUUUGUUUUAAAGAAAGUUUGAACAACAGAGAAUGACAUUGAGAAACUCAAAAAAAAAAAAAACAGGGUUUAGAUGACUUUUGUAUACGUUCAGUCGCAAAAACCUGACUGUGGAGCACUGCUUUACCUCCGGGUGUUGCUUUUACAACACUUGGCUCAGAGGUGUAACACCACUUUACUCAUACACACUCUCGCAAAACCUGUGCACGCACGCACGCACACACACGUACACACGCAUACUUGUUUACCUGUCAAACCAUGUCCCAUGUCUCGGCGACAAAAACAACAAAAAAACAUGUCUCGGAGGGCGUGGAAGGGGAGAGGCAGGUGGACAAAAAAGAUCCCAAGAGGCAUGGACACACGCUCUCUCUCUCCUCAUACCACCACCUGGCAUAGGUGCUUUUCUCUCUGUGGUCUCAGUUGAGAAGAAACACUGAUGUGUGUUUGGAAAGAACAAGACAUACACAAACACAUAGGAUCAUGUGUAUAUAGAUUUGGAGAGGUCGCUGGGGGCAGGACACCUCUUCUCCCCCGUUGGAGUCAGAUACUUGCUUUUUCAUACACUUUGAUUUGAUUGAGACAAAACCGAUGGCCUUUGAGAUGAGGGAGAGAGAAGAAGAAGAACGACGGCAUGACCCUGCUCUCUGUCUAGGCCUCAAAACACCAGUGCGACGGUCACUAAGGGACAUUUUUUUUUGUUUGUUUGUUUUUUUCACUAUUAUUUCCUUCUACAUUAAAGAAAAGAAGACGUUUUUCCGACCAUUAAUACAGCCCACGCCAUUCCCCUGCCCUCCCACCCCGAAGACUGCAGGAAUAGGUGCUCUUCUUCUUCUUCUGUCUGCAGAUGAGCAUGGAACACUUUGGAGAGGAAGAAGAAAUGACGGGAAGCAGCGAGAGACGAGGGAGGAAGUGUCUACAGAAACUUUGUGACUAAAAAAAAGAAGAAAAAAAACUGUCUGUGAUUUUGAGAAAUAAGAAAAAAAAGAUGUGUGGUAGCUUUUGUCAUUUCCUUUUUACUUUUUAUUGUUUACGUUUGAUGAUCAAUAUUCCCAUUGUGGAUUUCUGCUCUUCUAAGGAUGUACGUCUGUUUUGUUGUUUUGUUUUGUUUUUUUAAAUUUUUCUAAGUUGUUUGAUUUGCUCUGGUUGUUCACGCCAUUCCAGAAUAUGUAUUGGCAAAAUAAUGAGUCACCAUUUAAAAAAAAAAAAGAAAAAAAAAAGAAGCACAGUAUUGUCCCAACUGUCCUGCCCCUCAACAGCCUUUGUGUCCCAAAUGAAGCAGGAGAGAAAAUUGGAAAUAGCACUUAAAAGUUACCGUUAGCCGCCAAACUUUGCUCUUAUUUUAGCUCAAUCUUUUCUGUUUUUUCUUCCUUUUUUUUUAAGUUGUGUAUUUACUUAAGAUGUGUCUGUAAUGCUUUAAAAAACAUAAAUAUAUAUAUAAAUAUAUAUAUUACUGCAGUCAGAGAAUACCUCAUCCCACAAAGGUUCUGCCCAGAACUGUGUCCAAAUUGAUUAAGAAGAAGUAAGGGGAGAUAUUCCUUCUGUGGGACACCAAAUGUGGCAACUCUGCUCAGCCUCAAUUCAAAGCUCUAUGGUUGUAAUUGUUACUGUGUAGAAGUUAUCUGCGAUUCACUGUGUGCGUUUGUGUUCAAGAAAAUAGCACGCUAGAUUUUUUUUUUUUUUUAUUAUUAUUAUUAUUAUUAUUGUUUCUUGUAGGCGUCGAAGCGUAACUUUUCUCUACAGUUACAUACCAAAUUUAAGCAUUUAUUUUUAAUCUAAUAUCUUCUUAUCAUGUUCCCGUUUUAUUUUUUGUUACAGGUAACCAAAGAAAUAAGUAGAAAACCAAAAACCCUGUGCUUUAUUUUACCCUUCUUUUUUUUUUUUUUUAAUCUUUUUUCCUUCAGAACACGGGCCAAAAGACAAGUAACCAUGGCAUUUUUCUUUCCUGUAAUGACAUUCACACGAGUGUUGUCCUAAAACUCUUAGACUUACAGUGCUCUUCAUUCCAGAAACCAAAGUGUGCAAAGCAAGCUGGGAUUUUAGGUACAUUUUCAGAAUUACUUCAAUUAGGUAUGAGGCCAAAUAUGAAUAAAAACAAAUCUUGCACAGUUCCUCUGAAAGACACAAUGCAGAGAGGAGAGAGUAAAAAGCACUUAUAGACGAAACCCUGCCUCUAUGCUGACCCAUUUUAAGUUUCAGUACUACUACUACAUUUGAGCAGACCCAAACAAAAGACUUUUUCUGCGUUUUGUUUUAAAUAUUAGAGGGUAUGCAAUCCAGAAAAUAAAAAAAAACUCUUUCAACAGGAACCUCCUCCACAAGAGGAGGAAGUGUUCUGUGUCAGGCUUCAAAAAGUCACAACUUUGGACAAAAAGAAAUUAUUCAGAAUAUGCGUUGCAAACAGGGAACAUUUAAUGUAAUGUGGAAACAACCAAGGGAUACAGUUAUUGUCUUCGGUGGAUUUUGGGGUAUUUUAUUUUUUAACUGAACUUCGGAUGUUUUUUUUUUUGUAUUUGUUUUUCUUUUCUUUUCUUUUUUUUCAAAAUAUUUCCAAUGACUUUGAGUUAAAACAGGACUGUUUCCUGUUGCAAAAGAGACCGAGUGCAAAACACAUACCUGGCAGGCAGAGAUGUUGAAAAGAGAUAAAAAUAACCAAAAAAUAUUACUACCUCCUUUUCAAAACUGUUCAACAGAUAGCCAGUGGGAAUCUGAACUCUCUUUAACACUUGCUCUUUACUCUUCUUCAAUGAUAAUACUAAGAAUGCCAAAACUGUUGUUACACAUACUUUACAAAAAGGGUUGCCUGGUAUUAGGAGACAUCCGGUUGUGAUAUUGUUGUUGAAUAUUGCGAUGGCGAUGUUAAUUGCAAUUGAAACACAUUGUCCCUUGCUCUUCUUUUUCCUUUUCCACCGUCACAAUGUUCCAGUCACUCUUACCGACUGUGGUCAUAGAAAACGAUACAAGUUCAGCCAGCUGAUUAAAGCUCAUUAAAAAGCAGAGUUUGAAUGCAUGCCACGGGAAAUGUUAUAGCCUAGCAAACAUAGCAUCUGUUGUGAUCGUGAUAACUGCAGUUUGAUAAUUGUGCAGCUCCAUAUACAAAAGAAAUCAACAAUAGCUGGUGGCUCCCUUUCCCAUCGUCCCAUCGAAAAAAAGUAAUGCUGUUUCACUUUUUAUAUAGUUAAGAAUGACUACCUCUCCGUUAACCAUAUCUGAAGCACUCGCUGCAUCUCAAAAAGCGUUGAGAAGUGCUUGCUAACUGUGUUAUUUUCUUCUCCACACCUGAUUAUCACUGAGCUUUAUAAAGGAACAGCUUCUUAGUUGAACAUCUCCUUCUACGCUGGUUGUUAGCGGCUUCCUCUCAUUGUCACAGGUGGUAAUGGGCUACAAAACAACACACACUAACGCACACGCAUACAGGUGCGCACCAGAACUGGCUCAAGCAAAGACUCAAAAACAUCCAGAUGUCCUAAGAACUGCUCAACACUCAAGAGGUCAUUGAAUCUCUUAACGUCACCACUAGCAGCCAGAUCCAAACCAGGAGGAACUCCUGCAUCCAGAACGUAGACGGUUCCCAAGUCGUGCUUUAAGGUACACCUGUAAACGAAGCCGUUUUGUAAAGAUGUAGAUUGUUCACAGAUCAGCCGUGUAACACUGCUUUUUGUUAGCUUGGCAUAACAUGAUGCAUUCUUGUAUAUUAAUGCUUGGUUCGUCUCUCCCAUGCUUCUCCUUUGCCUUUGUUUUUGUUUGUUUUGUUUUGUUUCUUUCAUUUUUCUGCACCUGUUGAGCUGUUGUAAAGUUUUCAACCUGGAUUUCUAUACUGUACCGCUAAUGCUGAAUAUAUGUAUUUAUCACAUUAAGUGCUGCAGGUAUCUUGGUUUAAACUUUUUUUUUUGUUAUUGUUUCCAUUUUUCAGUUCUUCAUAAAACGUCUGGGACGCUUUUUUUUUUUAAGUGUAUUAUCAAAAAGAAAAAAAAAGAAAAUAAUUGAAUUUAGAUCAGUGGUUUAGGAAACACCUGUUUGUAUAUUUAUCUUAGCUAGAUCUAUUUUGAUACUUUUUUGUCUCUGUAUUGCAUUUAUGCAUUUUUAAGGAAAAAAAAACAACAAAAGGAAAACAAACUAAAAAGGUUCUUCGUUGUGUAUUGAUACCUCAGAUGGACUUUUUUUUCUCAAAGACAGGACCAAAACCUCUGAAAAGAGAAAGAGGAAAAAAUGAAAGAAUAUGUAGCCCCUCUCUUGCUUUAACACAAAAAAAACUGUGGAGCUAUUGAAAAGUAUUGCUGUUGGUCCUUUCAGGUGCCAAUGCGUGUCCUUGCUCCCUGUGACACCUCCCUCUAACCCCGUGAGCCCCCCUCCGUCAUUCCUGUGCCGAACUCCGACCCGCAGAGCUGUCAAUCAUCUGCAGGUGCCAAGGGGCCGAGUCAGAAACCGAACAGGUGGCGACUCGCUGCAAACUUUAUUUCCAAGUUCAACAGAGACAGAUUAAUGACUGACACUGUUGCAUUAAUAUUAUUAUUUGUUGUUGUUGUCUUUGAUACUCCUCCUUUUGCUUAGUCUCAAAACCAAAAUGUGGAGUGGCUCUUUGAGAUGCAGCUCUGACUACCAAAGGCAUUGUGAGCCAACAUUGCUUUAGUCCAAACUCCUGAACUGUAACCAAACUGCAACCAAAACCAAUGUCACAACUUUAACCAACCAAAAAAAGAAAAAGAAAAAAACAAACAAAAAAAAAACCAGAGCUACUUCCAAAACUCUCCAUCUACGCCACUUACCACCCUCACCUACAGCAGUUUCCCCCCUCAUCCAUUCGUGUAACCGUGUUGUGGGGAGCAGUCUACGUCCCUUUGGCUUGCGUCUGACUCAGAGAACCUAGCGAGAGCAAAUCCUGAUGAGUGAUUGGACAGUUCUGAGGCAUUAUGGGAGGGGAAAGGGACUCUCAAAGCGGAGCUUUUGCCUGAUGGUAUUAUCAUAUAGACAGCCAGAUUUUGAUGGAACUACCACUUUAACGAUCCUCUGGUUAAACCUUAGGAAUGUGUGUACAUUUACAGCAGUGACUCUCUUUAUUGAUUCUUAGUUGAGUUUACCUGUUUACCUCUCUUUAUUCCUUUGGUUUUUGUUAUGUUACUUGUUGUUUGAAAGAGUGACCCGAGGAAGAGGCGGAAACAGGGACCAGGGCGGUUGCUUUAGACAGACAGAUGACGAGCCCGGCCCUCUGACCCUCCUCCCCCCGGGGUAGCCAUGUAAUGCCAGUCACUGCCCUUUCCUUCAUGCUGUAUAAAAACACACACACAUAUAUCUGUGUAUUUGUAACCUGAAUCUUCUUGUGUCUGUCCAUGCAGACAAUAAAAAACUGUACAGUAGGUCUAGUUGCAUGUAAUCUGUACUAAUUAUUGACAAUGGCAUUAUAAAAUGCAAUAAAAUACUUAUUACACUGUC